CUCUUCUCCCACCAGUAACAUGGCUCAAUAUUCAACAGAAGAUCAAUCUAGUCUUGAAUAUAUCAUCAAUCACGUAUUUCUCCCCCUCAAGUUGCCACAAGGGAGUGACCAGUCCCUUGAGAACGACCUGGCCUUAUCUGAAGCAGUAUUCAAUGCUGCUAUCACGUUCAGCGACCAGCUACCGUCCGAUAAGCUGCGGCUUUGGACGAACAUCUUGAAAAUGCUCAAUAAUCUUAAAGAUUCAAUCAGAUUCAGUGUCAUGUCUGCAGAAGAGGUCGAACAUCAAAUCAACACUAUGGAAACUGAAAAUGUACUUGUAUAUAUGAUUCGCGCGCAAAAUGCUGCGGUUGUCAUGAGAAAACUCGAACCCGAAACUAUAUUUGAGUCAUUUGAGGUCUCUCCUGACCCCACCGCAGUGAUGGGCGCCAAGGGAAAGCUGAUAUGUUCUUAUCCUGGACCUGCUAUCACGGUCCCAGAUAUGAACAUUGACAAUGCUACCUUUCCUGCCGAGCUGGCAAAUUUUCUCGUUCACAUGGAUCAAGAUGUCCUCGAUGCAGCAGCGACGAGGAAAAAGGCUAAAUCCAUUGUUCUCGAAGAGAGGGACACCACGCAUCCACGGUAUAUCACAGAGCUCCUGACUGGUAUAUUGCGUGGCCUCAGGAGCAUUGCUGAUGUUCCUCGCAUCCGCAAGCGCAUCGGAGAUGAUGUGCUGUGGGACAGCGUGAAGUUGCCAUGGAGGUGGUCUCCACUCUGGCUUGUCAUUCGCAUUGCCUUACAGACGACUCUGGAGCGCAGUGCUCUCAGACAAGCGACGUAUAAGUCGUUCAUGCUGUUCUUCAUGGCGAGGCUCACGACCCUCGCCCUCAACCAUGACUUAUCGAACGACAUUCUACACUUCAUGUCAGCAAAGAUUGCGCGCCGUCUUUUCAAGCUUGGAUUCUCUUCAUCUUCGGAGUUGUCGCAGAUAGUCAGUAAGGUCACCGGUGAUGUGAGGAGUGUCCUAGAGGAAAGAUGGGGGUCUGUUCAGAACGCACAACGUGCCUCGCCUCUUUGGGCUCCGGAGACCCUCCGAAUUUUGCGAGAUACCCAUCUUUCCUUGAACACGAGCCGAGAGUACAUCUGCCAAGCUUUACAGAACCAGCAUUCCUCCAAAACAACCUUACCUAACCCCAGCCAUCACAAGCGUGGGACAGUUGAUAAUUUCCUUGAUGCCGAAGCUAGUUUCUUGGUAGCUGCUCAUGCUGCAGAACCGUCUCUUGCACUUGCAGACUUCGAGACUGCCGUUAGAUUAGGGAUUGACGACUGGGUGACACGCAUUCUAUUCCAGAGUACCGAUUCUGCGUGUGUCUCGAUCGAGGCGUGUGCCUCUGCAUACUCUUCGAGAGCGCUUACGGCUUAUAAUGGAAACCCGGAGAAUUUGUCUAUUAUGUUUCUCACCCUUUUCGAGCUCUGGGUAGCGAUGGAUAAGAUCGUCGUUGGACAAAUCUCACUUUUGGCAGAAUAUUCCCCCAAAAUCCCAUUGACGCUUUGGGAGUGUCUUUUGGUCCGCAAAGCUUCCGCCCUUGAUCGUUUGAAGCCAUUGCAUGCCUACCCGAAGGCUCGUCAUUGCCAAGCUUCCAGUCAUCUGUCGGCAUUCUCAUUUACCAAUGAUGACAAGUCGUUCGCGGCGCGAUAUUUUCAUCAGUCAUCCAAGCUGCAGAGUUUGAAGGAUGACAUCGAGGCAGAAGCUCAGGACGCUCGGGAGAAGAAGUUGAUCGAGCUCCAGACCAUGAACCAGAGGUACACAGACAAAGAGAAGCUCGCAGAAAGUUUAUUGCAUACGUACGAGGUCUCCACAUGCGGCAGGCAAACACAUAAGCUCAAACACUGUCACAAGUGUCGCCUGGAAAAGGAGAUGCAAUCGAUGACUAUUGCGGUCCAUGAGUGGCCACUACCAGCCUGUGACAAGGAGGCGAUCGUGGUGGUGUUUGAGCUAGGAUGCCCCAUCGUGUUGGACAUGUGGAGAUCUACGACGUUCCAUGUCCUUGUUGAUGUCUGCACUCCACAAGAAGAAAUCUUGCACACUAACGCCUUCAUAACACUGCCGGACUAUCCUGCACUGCAGCAUUAUCGUCAGUGCCAUCCAAGGCAAAGGCUCACUUUGGCGUCGAAUGCCAAGCCUUUCUCCGAUUGUCAUUACAGCGACAUUCCCAUUCCUGCACUGGACACCAAAGUCUGUGUGGAUAAUGGACUCCAAUUUCAGCCUUUCGACACAACCACAGGUGCAUGGGUGGCAGACGUACUGCUACGAUGGGAUGCCACCAAGUUGUGCACUUUCCUGCUUCCGAAGGGACCAUAUAAUGGUAUGCAGCAGUACCUUGCGGGGACAUCCCACAUGUCAAACGAGGUCGUGGCCAAUCAGGCGGAUUGUCACAAAGACCUAACCAUUCAUGAAUCCAUGGCAUUUGCAGCCUUGCGGAGUGGACCGCAUCUACGAUGGAUGAAUGACGCUCAAUUUUCGACGUGA